GAACAGCCAGUCAUCCACAUUUCACUCUUCAAUUCUCAGUCGAAACUCUGCCCUCAGCACCUAAAGUUCUGCAAAUUAGAGCUUCUAGGCCAUGUGCUGAUACUGGGUAGUCAUUGUUUUCCCUUUUCUUUUUCUUGCGCUUUUGUGGGCAUGAGGCUAGAGCUUGGGUGAUCAUAAUCGAUGUCACUUUCAAUAGAUUCAUCAUCGCAGGUUCUUGAAAAUGGAUAUGAACAUGUUGAACUACUCUCCGGGAAUAAUGAUGAACAUGAAGGUGUCAUGGUGAACAUGGAAAAGCCUAUGGACUCCAAGGUCUUUCUCACUGCACUUAGAGCUUCGAUAUCGCUGUGGAGGAAACAGGGCAAAAGGGGUGUUUGGAUUAAAUUGCCCAUUGGCCUUGCAAAUCUUAUUGAAAGUGCAGUAAAGGAGGGAUUUCAUUAUCAUCAUGCUGAGCCAGAUUACCUGAUGCUUGUUCAUUGGAUUUCUGAGUCCACCACUAGUACUAUCCCUGCAAAUGCCACACACCGAGUAGGCAUUGGUGCCAUUGUCAUGAAUGAUAAAAGAGAGCUGCUUGUGGUCCAGGAAAAGAGCGGGAAGUUAAAAGGAAUGGGAAUAUGGAAGAUCCCUACUGGAGUAGUUGAUGCGGGUGAGGAUAUCUUCAAGGCAGCAGUGAGAGAAGUAAAAGAAGAGACAAAUGUAAGUGAUAAAUGUCUGAUUAUGCAUUUUACAGUGAAUGUGAAGCUAUGCUUUCAAGUUUCACAUUCAAGUGUUGGUGGUCUUUCUAAGAGCUGGUUUUUACUGCUUCAGAUUGACACAGAAUUUGUGGAAAUCCUAGGAUUCAGGCAAACCCACAAGUCAUUCUUUGAAAAAUCGGAUUUGCUCUUCCUUUGCAUGAUGCGCCCACUCUCCUUUGAUGUUCAGAAGCAAGAAUUAGAGAUUGAGGCAGCCAAGUGGAUGCCAUUCGAGGAGUAUACAGCUCAACAAAUUGUCGAGAAACCUGGAUUUUACAAGUGCAUCACAGACAUAUGCUUAGCAAAGGUAGAUGGGGACUAUAUCGGUUUCUCUCCAAGACUUGUAAAAUCAAGUUUUACUGAUCAACUGAGUUACUUUUAUUUGAACGAACAAGAUUCUAACAGUUCUUAAGUUCAAUUGAUUGGUCCUGAAUGGUAACUAUUGAUAUUUAUUGUACUUAUCACUCCUCUCUUGCACUCUGGUGAGGAGAAAGAUAUAAUUAAAUGAACUACCCUUUGUUUAUUUGUUGUCA